UCUCAGAGUCGAAUGGACUGCAUCAGAGCAGCAACAGCCAGAGACAGUGAACUACAGACUGUCAUUGAACUGGUAAGAAAUGGCUGGCCGGCCUACAAAGACAAAGUUCCUGUGAAUGUCCGAGCGUACAUGAAAGUAAAGAACGAGCUGGCAGAGACCAGCGGCCUUCUUAUUCGUGGCUGCAGAAUCGUCAUCCCGAAGUCUGAAAGGGCAGAGAUCCUGAAAAAAAUACACGCUGGACACCAAGGGCUCACAAAAUCCAGAGAGAGAGCUAAUUCAUCUGUUUGGUGGCCUGGUCUUUCAGCAGAGUUAAAGAACACAGUGAUGCAAUGUCAGACCUGUCAGGAACAGAGGCGUACUCAACAGAAGGAACCACUCAUCUCUACCCCUUUGCCAGGGCGUCCAUGGAAAAGAAUCGGGUUGGAUCUCUGUGAAUACAACAAAAAUAUUUACCUCGUAGUAUCAGACUACUACUCCCGUUUCUUGGAAAUACUACAUCUGCCAUCCACCACAAGCUUCCAAGUUAUUCAGAGACUGAAGGCCACAUUCGCCAGAUUUGGAAUUCCAGAUGAAGUGGUGAGUGACAAUGGACCUCAAUUUUCCAGUGUUGAAUUCACGGAAUUCGCAAAAGAAAUGGAUUUCAGACACUUAACAUCAAGUCCUCACCACCCCCAAGGAAACGGCCAAGCAGAGAGAGCGGUGCAAACUGCUAAGAAGAUUCUCAGACAGGAGGAUCCACUCAUCGCUCUCAUGUGCUACAGGUCAACCCCGUGCUCAUCAACAGGAGUCAGCCCUGCAGAGCUUCUUAUGGGAAGAAAGAUUCGCACAACACUUCUCACCUUGGAAAAGAACCUUCAACCAAAGUGGCCAGAUAGAAAGGCUGUUUUCCAAAGAGACGCAGCGGAGAAGACCAAACAAGCUUUCUACUACAACCGUCGUCACGGUGCCAAGCCUCUUCCUGCUCUUCGUCCAGGGGACACAGUUGUUACCAAGCUGGAUCAGGAAAAGAACUGGUCAACACCAGCCGUCGUUUCAAAGGAGAUCAUUACUCCACGAUCAUACCUCCUGGAAACACCACAGGGAGUGGUGUUCCG